AUGAAGGUGUCUGUGCUUAAUACAGUGGAUACCUCGCACGAGGAUAUGAUCCAUGAUGCACAAAUGGAUUAUUAUGGCAAGAAGCUGGCGACAUGUUCAUCUGACCGAACAGUAAGAAUUUUUGAGAUCAGUGAAAAGGGUCAAACUCUUGUUGCUACUCUGAGAGGACAUGAAGGCCCAGUGUGGUCAGUGAGUUGGGCACAUCCUAAAUUUGGAAAUCUUUUGGCUUCAUGUUCUUAUGAUAGAAAGGUUAUUUUAUGGAAAGAAACAAGUAAUGGUUGGACAAAGCUUCAAGAAUUUUGUAAUCAUGACUCAUCAGUGAUGAUUGGUUGCAAUGCUGUUAGCUGGGCUCCUUCAGUUGUGCCAGGGACGUUAUUGGAGGGGACUGGGGCAAAGUCCGGUCCUUCAGUCAAAAGAUUUGUCACAGGGGGAUGUGAUAACUUGGUAAAAGUAUGGAAAGAAGUUGAUGGCCAAUGGGAAGAGGAGGAAAAACUAGAAGCACAUAGUGACUGGGUCAGAGAUGUUGCUUGGGCACCUAAUGUUGGUCUCCCUAUUAGCACCAUAGCAACAUGUUCUCAGGAUUGUCGUGUUGUUAUCUGGACAAAGGAUGAAGUUAAUGGAGGAACGUGGACUUCUAAGGUUGUAAAGAAGUUUGGUGAUGUUGUGUGGCAUGUGAGUUGGUCAGUCACAGGCAGCAUUUUAGCUGUAUCUGGGGGAGAUAACAAG